AUGGUCAACUCCUGUUGUGGCUGCGUCUGCCGUGAGCAGGGCUGUGGCCAGGGCUGCUCCCAGGGGACCUGCUGCGCCCCUUGCUGCCAGCCCACCGGCUACUGCCCCAGCUGCUGCAUGUCCAGCUGCUGUCGUCCCAGCUGUGAUUUCAGCAGCUGCCAGCCCUCCUGCUGUGGCUCCAGUGGCUGUAGCUCCAGCUCAAACACAUGCUGCUGCUGCCCCAGCUGCUGCCUCUCCAGCUGUGGCUCCUGCAGCUGCUGCCUGUCUGGCUGCUGUCGCCCCAGCUGUGGUUCCAGCUGCUGCCAGCCCAGCUGCAGCAAUUGCAACGGCUGCCAACCCUCCUGCUGUGGCUCCAGUGGCUGUGGCUCCGGCUCAAGCUGCUGCCAGCCAAGCUUCUGCAUCUGCCGUGGCUGCCGCCCCUCCUGCUGUGGCUUCGGUGGCUGUAGCUCCAGCUCCAAUUCCAAUCACUGCUGCCCCAGCUGCUGCAUGUCCAGCUGCUGUCGCCCCAGUUGUGGUUCCAGCUGCUGCUGCCCUAGUUGCUGCAUCUCCAGCUGCAGCCAGCCAUCCUGCUGUGGUUCCAGUGGCUGUGGCUCCUGCUCUGGCUCCUGCCAGCCCAGCUGCUGCAUCUGUAGCUGCUGCCGCCCUUCCUGCUAUGGUUCCAGUGGCUGCGGCUCCAAUUCCAGCUGCUGUGUCCCCAGCUGUGGUUGCAGCUGCUGCCAGCCCAGCUGCUGCCACCCCCACUGCUGUUGCGCCAGUGGCUGUGGCUCCAGCUCCAGCUGCUGCAGGCCCCGCUGCUCUAUGUCUAGUUGCUGCCAGCCCAGCUGCUGCAUCUGCCAACCCUCUUGCUGUGGCUCCAGUGGCUGUGGCUCCAGCUCCAGCUGCCACCCAACCUGCGUUUCGAGCUGCUGCCAGCCCAGCGGCUGCAGCUGCAGGUGCUGCCACCCCUCCUGCAGUGUCUCCAGUGGCUGUGGCUCCAGCUCCAGCUGUUGCAGGCCCAGAUGCUGCAUGUCAACUUGCUGCCAGCCCAGCUGCUGCAUCUGUAGCUGCUGCCGACCCUCUUGCUGUGGCUCCAGUGGCUGUGGCUCCAGUUCCAGCUCCAGCUGCUUCCGCCCCAGCUGUGGGUCCAGCUGCUGCCAGCCCAGCUGCUGCAUCUGCAGCUGCUGCCACCCCACCUGCUGUGGCUCCAGCGGCUCUGGCUCCAGCUCCAACUCCAGUUGGAGCUGCCCCAGCUGUGGAUCCAGCUGCUGCCAGCCUUGCUGCUGCAUCUCCAGCUGCUGCCGCCAGUCCUGCUGCAGGCCCAGCUGCUGCCGCUCUACUUGCUGCCGCCCCUGCUGUGGCUCCAGCUCCGGCACCUCUGGCUCCAGCUGCUGCAACCACCCCUGCUGCUGCAUCUAG